AUGGCGAUGGCUUGGCCGGGAGUGGGCAUUCAGCCGUGCGGACCUUCUCAGGUGAAUUUGGGUUGCUUUUCUACUCAGAGAGGAAGCUUAGUGCUAUCAAGAAGGCAACGGAGGAUGCUUUCCUUGAGAGCUUCAGCCUCGGACGACGCUGCUCCCUUAGAAGAAAACGCUGAAACUCCCAAGGCUGUGGGAGAUGAAGAAGACUCGAAGGAUGCCCAAGAAGAGACUCCCGAGCCCACGAGCAGCGUUUACUCGGACAAUCUAUCCAAGAAAGAUAAGCUGGCUAUAAGGUCCGCAGGCAAGCAGAUAUUGUCGCUACGAUUUCUUUGGAUGGAGAAGAACAUUGGAAUUGCCUUGGAUCAAGUUGUGCCGGGCCAUGGUACAAUUCCACUGUCGCCGUUUUACUUCUGGCCCAAGAAGGAUGCGUGGGAGGAGCUCAAAGCCAAGCUCGAGAGCAAGCCGUGGAUCUCACGAAGGCGUACAAUUAUCCUUCUCAACCAGGCCACCGAUAUCAUCAACCUUUGGCAGCAGAAGGCUUCGAGCUUCUAG